AUGCCACAAAUAUUGAGAAGUAGUCCUAUUGAUAUUAAUCCAAAGUUUCUUCAUGUUGGAUAUAGUUCCUCCGAGCAACAUCAAUUUAAUGACCAAUUGAGCACUUCUUCUGAUGUGAGUAGUGAUGAUGGUGCAGCUAUUGAUUUUUACUAUGCUAGCACAAGUCAAAGUCAAUUAUUCUAUCCUCCUUCGUCACCAACAUCACCUUCGAGUCCAUCUUUCUCUUCUAAUUGGAUUCAGGAAAUAGUUGAGGCAUGCAGAGUUGGAGAUGAAUAUUUAGUCAAUCAGUUAUUGGAAGAAAUGAUUCAAGCUAGAGCUCAAAUGAAGAAGGAAGAGUUUAUCAAAACAUAUAAUAUCAAUGCUCUUGAAAGAACAACCAAGAGAGCAGCAAUUCACUGGUGCAUGGCAGGCAAUCAUGUAAAUAUUCUGCUAUCGUUGUUGACAACGUUCUCCAGUGUUGGUGCUGACAUAGUACUCGAUGUGAAUCUUAGAGAACAAAAGAGUGGAGCAACUCCACUUCAUGUUGCCAUCGCUAAUAAUUCGAUGGACUGUAUGUUAUUGUUCUUAAACACCAAUUUUGUAUUUUCACGCCUUGAAAGAGAGGCCAAAGAUGUUUAUGGUAAUACAUUCUUCCACGUAGCAUACAGAUUAAGAAGAUUUGAGGUGAUGGACAAGUUGAUUGAAAUUUUUGGUAACGAAGUUAUUAAUUCGAAGAAAACAAGUUCAGAAACCUGUAUGCACAUUGCAGCUAAAAAGUCAGAUUCUAAAGGAUUGAAUUGGCUUAUUAAACGAGGUGCCAAAAUUCAGGCUAAAGACGAGAAUGGAAGAAGGCCACUAAUUAGUUCCAUCUAUAAUUACAGAGAGAGUUGUAAUUCAGAGGGAUUAAUCAAUGGGCACAAUAACUUACCUACCCCACACUCACCCAACACUCAAAUUCAAAUUGGUCAAUCAAUACAUGGUGCAGAUUCUAAAGAAGAAGCAACAUGCACAAAAUCAAAGAAGAGAAAGUCAGACGACAACUCCUCUGGUAAGAAAACAUCAGAGGACAUGGACUUCCCACCAGAAAUAACAAAUAGAAUGAAGAGAAGCUUGUGCUACUGUAUUCUGAUUCAGAAAGAGGUAGAGUUGAUGUGUGGAGGUAGCAUUAAGAAAUGGAUCAAGAACGAAUCCGAAUGCCCUGAAGGAAUCAAUAUUUUCCACCAAGCAGCUUUGAAUGGUAACAAGGAAUUGCUGUCUGUUUGUUCUCUUCUGAUGGACAGAAACUAUUACAAUCAAUUAAUAGAGAAGAAAGAUAAGAGAAAGUACAAUAUUCUCCACUUUGCUUGCGAAGGAGGUCAUUUUCCAGUUCUAGAACUGCUUUCAAAUCAACUCCAAGAAAUGUAUCCUAACACUGAUCAACUAAAGCAGAUUUACAAUGCCAAAGAUUCGACUCCUCUGCAGGAAACGCCAGUCCAUAAAGCAGCUCGCAGAAUGGAAUCUCUAAUGGAAUUUAAAACAAACAACGAAAUCACUCCAGAAAAGGAAAGUGCCAUUGAAUGCAUGACCUUUUUGAUGUACUCUAAUUACACUGAAAUGAAUCUAAAGAAUACCAAUGGCGAAACUCCUAACGACAUUCUACAACGAUGCGGCUUUUUCUCUUCCCAGCUUUUCCUCUACAAUAAAAAAAACAAAGUUUAA